ACCGUUUCCAUACCGCGUUUCAAGCGCUCGUAUGCUUCCCGCAUCAAGUGCCAGCAGCUUCUUGCUCAGUCGUGAUAUACAGUUCGCUUCUCACUUCCAGCGAAAGCCUAGAGGUCGCAGUACAGUACCCUAAUCCAGUUUUCAGAAUCUGGAGGUUACAGUCUCGACGAAGCGCCCGUUUGUGCGCCGUAUCGUCAUCGUUAUAAGCUUCCUUUAAGGCCAAGUUUUAGCUCUGUCACAUUCUCGUGCUAUGAUGACCUUCUUAUUCGUGUGAAACGUAGCGGUGAAAGAGCUUGUAGAGUUGCUGAGACAUAGUUAUCAUGACCCUCAAGCUAUUACUAAGACGAAGUUUUCCAGGAUGCGUGCUUGUCAACUGAGAGUCGCAUUAGACACCGCGUUCCUAUAUACUACAUCCUAGCCUUGCCUGAUAAAGAAGGCGAAUGCGCUUCGACUCACCAGCCACCACUCAUGGGUCCGCUAUGGCGACACGCGGCCUGCUGUCAGCGUCUGUCGAUAUUACUUCUUCAGAUGCUGUGUCUCAAGUCGCGCAUUUUAUGCUAACCUGCUCACGGAGCCAGUCGCUAACGGAGCCAGUCGCUAACGGAGCCAGUCGCUUCCCGCAUCUGUCCCAAGCGUUAUACUUAACUAGCUUUCCUAUUUCGACCAUCCCGGUCUAGGUUCGACAGCAGCAGAAUCGAGAACUACUAUCGAGAAUUAGACUACUUCUGGAUUCACUCUAAGCAGCAGCAUCGUCUUAGUAAUAUUUUCGCAGUUAUACGGUGGCUUCUAACCCCUUUUAAAGCCAGGGACCUACACCGAAUCAGUGUAGCCUGGCUCCCGCCCCGGAGAAGGAAUGGGCGGGUGCUUAUCCGUAGAAGUGAUUGCAGAGAGCGCUCCCAGUUCCCCUAUCGCUACUGUCACAACCUCUACUCCCAGAAACGCACAGGCCGUCACCUCCAGCCCUGGUAACCAGCGAACGCCCAAGGAAUUUUCGCCAAGAACACCGCGGGGACGGGGGGAUAAUAGCGAGACUGACUCUAACGGAGCAGGGGGGAAUGGGAGAGGGGGAGGCGGGGAUGGUUACGGCGGAGCUGGUAACCUGGCUGCACCGCAAAGCGUCCCUGUGGGGGAAGCAGGGGCUGUAAUAACAGGCACCUCAAGCUUAGAGCCAGUAACCUCAGACCCGUCUUCCUCCGCCUCUGCCGCCCAUUCUUUUGCCCGGACGCCAUCCGCCGAGGCCAACGACGGGCGGGGCACCGCCCGCAAGUUCCGGCUGCACGAGCUGCGGGCGGCGACGUCGUCGUUUAACAAGAAGGCGCUGCUGGGGCGGGGCAGCUUCGGGGAGGUGUAUCUGGGGAAGCUGGCGGGGAAGGAGAGCGGGGAGGUGGUGGAAGUGGCAGUCAAGAAACUCAACCCAGAAAGUUCACAGGGGUUGGACGAAUGGCUGGCCGAGAUCGUGCUAUUGAGGAAGCUGCACCACCCCAACCUGGUGGAGCUCCUGGGCUUCUGUGCCGAGAAGGGUGAGGCGUUGCUGGUGUACGGGCUGUGCACCAACGGGAGUCUGGACGACCGGCUCUUUCCAAGAACGGAGGAGGAGAUCAUCGACUGGCCCACCCGGGUGCGGAUAGCGCAGGGGGCAGCGCAGGGGCUGCUGCACCUGCACGAGCACAAAGUGAUUCACCGGGACCUGAAACCGUCCAACAUCUUAUUGGAUAAGGACAUGCAUGCACGCAUAACCGACUUUGGCAUGGCGAAGCAGGCAGCCAGCAGCAUGAGCCACAUCUCGACGCGGGUGAUGGGAACCAUGGGGUACCUGGAUCCCGAGUACAUGGAGACGGGGUGCCUGAGGGACAAGAGCGACGUGUACUCGCUUGGAGUCAUCUUGCUACAGAUGCUCACAGGCCGCGAUGCUGUCGCCAAGGAGGGCAACAUCAAGCUCGUGAGAUGGAUGGCGCCGCACCUGUACCCCAACGUCACCGAGCCUGACGCUUGGAUCGACCCGAACCUGCAGGGCAGGUUCUCCCGGCGGGGGGCCAUGAUCCUGGCAGCAGUGGCGAAGCAGUGCUCUGCCCGGCACAAGGAGGACCGACCUGAGAUGACUGACGUGGCACAGGCGCUCAUGGAGGUGCCCCUGGAGUGCUGACUGACUUCUGUUGACUCUGGUCGACUCGAGCUACUCGGGUUGAUUCGGGUUGACUUAGGUUGACUUCGAAUCUGGUGGGAUGCCGGCAGCUGUGGCAGCAGCGCGUAGCGAGGCACAACGAGGACCAACCGGCCCGAGAUGAGCGACGUGGCACAGGCGCUCAUGGAGGUGCCCCUGGAGUGCUGAUUGACAUUGGUUGACUCUGGUUGACUCGUGCUGACUCCAAAUCUGGUGGGGAGCAGCAGUGGCAAAGCAGUGACUUCCGUUGACCUGGUUUGACUAAGGUUGACCUGGGUUGACUAAGGUUGACCUGGGUUGACUCGGGCUGACUAGGCACUGGUGGGAUGGAAUGCUGGCAGCUGUAGCGAAGCAGUGCACCACCUGACAUGGACUUGCGGAGGGGGGGAGGCAGCAGGUGUUGAUCAGGGAGAAGCGGCAGGAGGAUACUGGUAACAGGAGAAGCAAGCAGGAGAAAGGGGGAGACUGGCACACGUGCUCCAAGACCCGGAAGACCCUGAAGAGGGACAGGACAGGAGGCUUGACUCAAGGCAACUGGGCCGUGUGCUGUCGGUCGGCCCGCGUACACAACCUUUGCAUGUGUUGUAGUGGUAGUAGUAAUACGAGUACAGUAUCUGACUUGUCUAAUAUA